GGGCCGGAUCGAGCCUGUGGCAACAGCAGCAAACUGGUCGGUCCAGUUCGUCCAAAGGAGUUGAGGCAGUUGGGAAUUGAGAGACUAGACGUACGAACUCGAGUGGGCUCAGCUGGGACAAGGCCGGAAGAUGGCAAUGACGGCAGGGAUGAAAAGGACGGUGAAUACACCGAGGAUGGCAAUGACAGCGAGGACGACGAGGAUGGUGGGUACGGCGAGAAAUAA